UUUUCCAUCAUUCAUACUUUUUCUUUGCUCCAUCGAUUUUGUCUCAAAUUCAGUGAGAAAACUUUGAUUCGCUCGGCCGUGGGCAUUCCCCAACACCGCAUCGCCGGCGCUGAGAUCCGUCCAGGCAUCAACGGAAAAGCCUUCAAUGGAGAAGAUGGGUGCGGUUGAUCCGCAACUCGAGGACCUCUUCAAGGAGAAGAAGUCUCCAAGAAACCCUCUCGUCCUUGUUGGUGCCUUUGUCACUGCUGGUGUUCUGACAAUGGGCUUAAUCAGCUUUAAACGUGGAAAUUCUCAACUGGGCCAAAAGUUGAUGAGAGCUCGUGUGGUCGCUCAAGGGGCAACAGUUGCUUUGAUGGUCGGCAGUGCCUAUUUCUAUGGAGAAAAACUCAAGGAUUCAAAGAAGCAAAAUUAGGUUAGUUGAAACCAUUAGCACAUUAUUUAGAAACAUAUGCCUUAACUUGAGACUAAAGCAUAUAAAUAUAUAUAUAUAUAUAUAUUGUAAACACAUGGCUUUGAGUUAUUACCCAUGCAAAAUUUUGGGAGAAAAAUUGUUUCCUAGUGCUUUGUUCAAAUACUGAAUUAAAUUUCUUCCAGGUAAUAAUGCUCAUGGUCUUUCAACAAUUCUUGCACCUGGUUAGGAUCUCAUACACCAGGUGCUGAGUAGGACUUAUUUACUCUUGUAAUUCAUAAAAGUUGGAAUUCCUCUACUCACUGCAAUUCAUCAAAUCUAAACUGUUAAAUUA